UUUGUAAUAGCAGAAGUACUGGAGCUGACAAGGGGUGCCCUCUGAGUUCAAUUUAGUGGGUCUUUACUAGACCCACUAAAUCGAACUCCAGAAGAUCAAUCGUGACAGUGUCUCAGUCAGGGUGGAUGUGACUCACUCCCAGCUGCUGAUGGGGAAGUGUGAAGACCAAGUGAAGGCAAACUGCCUUUGUAGUGAGGAGCAGCAGGGAUGAAACGCCAGGUGGGACCUAGGGGACAAGGCUGGAGCUGACUGGGCAUAUCCCCAGGGACGGCCACUUGGAGACAGACUUCCACAAAAGCCCAGCUGUAAAUGAAACUGCAUGUCCCAGCCCCCUGGGAGAGGGCAACAGUGGAAAGAGAAAUCCCCUCUGUGGGGCAGCAACUGGUCUCAAUACCUGAAGGACAAGAAAAUUAACACUGAACUGGGGGAAGAGACCCUGAUUAAAAGGAUUCCAGACAGUAAGACUGCUAGAGCAAAUGAAUUUGACCAUUUCAUCUACAGAGCCUUCCACCCUUUCCCCACCCCUCAGACAGAGCCCAUCACACUCAGUAAAUGUCCGUGCAGGAUCUGAGGAGUGCAAAUGAACGUUUGCGAAAUGAAAUAUGGGACCUCAGAGAUACGAUUGCCAACCUUGAUGCAGAAAACCAGGAGCUAAUAAAAGGAAAAAAAGAUACUGAAGCCCUGAACAGGGGCUUGCAAACCAAGACAGAGUCUGUUAAGCUUAUGGUGGAAGAGCUACAGAAAGAGGUGGAGAGUCUCAGAGCGAUCUUGGAACAGAGAGAAGGGAAGAUAAAACAACUGGAAUUAGAAAACAAGAAUUUGGACAGAAACAACAAGCAACUAGCCUUGGAAACCUAUGAAAUUUCUUGCCAGAUUUCUGCCUAUGAAGACCAUGCAUUUCCUCCAGGAAGAGACUUAUUCGAGACAAAAGACCUACCACAAGAAAUCAAGGGCUACGUGAAACACCUAGAGGGCAAACUGGAAGCUGCAGAGCAGCAACAUGACGUGGAAAAGCACCGUUCCUCCCAGUUAAGAGAGACAUUGGCGGAGCUUCUCCAGAUCAGGGAGCGUCAGAGGAAGGACAUAAUACAGCUGAGAGGACAACUGGAAACGUCAAUGCAGCAGGCAGCACUGCAGAGGCUGGAAAACAAGGACGGGGUCCAGGCUGGUUUGGUACUGCUGGAAAGAGUUGAUGCCAAGCUUGUGGAGCAAUCACUGAGCCAGUCUGAGAUGAGCAAGCUCCCCCAUUGGCUUUUGAAUCUUGGAAGGUUUUUAUUGAUAUUAGUGCCCUGCUUGGGAAUUGGCACAGCUCUGGCUCUAUUAUACACCUAUUUUGUCAACCCCUAUUUCAUAGCGGACUCCCUUCUGCUAUUAUUUAGAGACCAGGAGAUCAAUAUGAUCAUAGAGGUCCUAUCUCACCACCUUACCUGGAAGCAUGAUGGCCUCUUCCCAUUUUAAAACCAGCUGCACAGCUCCAGCAUGGCAAUGCUAGGAAGUGGUGGGGAGGGGGAGGUGUUAGUUGUAUAAUUUAAUGUAUUCAUUGGAGUUUAGAUUAUAAACAGAUGCAUUUUGUACCUUGGGGGUGGGGAGAAACUGUUUCCAUUUCACAAAAUAAUAUUACCAGUGUGGCUGUGGUUUAUUAAUGUAAUAAACAAAUGCAAUAGAAAAGCAGCCAACCAACACUCUGGGUGCACUUGAGUUUUUAAGAAUACACUCCUCAGCAGACACAACUGCGCCAGUCAACUAAACAAGAAGAAUUUGAGAACUAUUAGACAAAAGUGCAGCUUGCAGUUUUUGUCGAGGCUUACCAAGAAUGGAGUGGAGAGGUUUCUCUUUUGCUAUAAAUAUUUUGGUC